AUUCAAUCCCCCUCUCCCUCAGAUCAAGUCAUUAUGUUCGACACGGUCUGCACCCUGCCCCUCUCGGCAGACCUCUUCUCGCAGGUCGUCCACCCCCGCGAACCCAUCGUCUCCGUGGGCCUCUCCACCGGCCACGUCCAGACCUUCCGUCUUCCGACAGAGGAACUCGACAGCGAAGAUGACCAGGCCUCGACCUCGUCCUCGCGCAAUGGCAGAGGUCACAUCGAUACCAUGUGGCGCACGAGACGGCACAAGGGCAGCUGUCGGUGUCUGACGUUCGGCAUCGACGGCGAGACGCUCUACUCGGCUGGGACGGACGGGCUCGUCAAGGCCGCCAAGGCGGAGACGGGGGUCGUCGAGAAUAAAAUUGCUAUUCCGACGGGGAAGGAUGGAUCAAUCGAUGCCCCAACCGUCAUCCACGCGCUCUCCCCGCAGACGCUCCUUCUCGCGACCGACUCCAGCGCCCUACACCUCUACGACCUGCGCACGCCGUUCUCGAAAGUCUCCGCGCGGCCGCAGGCAACGCACCACCCGCACGACGACUACGUGUCGUCGCUGACGGCGCUGCCGGCGUCGGAUACCAGCACGUCCGGGUUCAGCAAGCAGUGGGUGACGACGGGGGGCACGACGCUGGCGGUGACGGAUCUGCGGCGGGGGGUGCUGGUUCGCAGCGAGGAUCAGGGCGAGGAGCUGAUCAGCUCGACGUAUAUGGGGGGCUUGUCGAGCGCGGGGACCAGCCGCGGCGAGAAGGUGCUUGUGGGGGGGUCGGAUGGCGUCCUGACGCUGUGGGAGAAGGGCGUGUGGGAUGACCAGGACGAGCGCAUCUAUGUCCAGCGGGGGAGUGGUAAUGGCGAGUCGCUGGAGACAUUGACGGCGUUGCCGGAGGAUCUGGGCAAGGGCAAGACUGUUGCUGUUGGGAUGGGCAAUGGGCUUGUCAAGUUCGUGCAGAUUGGCCCGAACAAGGUCGUGUCGGAGGUGAUGCACGAUGAGACGGAGGGUGUGGUCGGGGUGGACUUUGACGUCGAGGGUCGUAUGGUUAGUGGUGGUGGUCAGACCGUCAAGGUGUGGCACGAGGCUGUCGGUGGGAAGAAUGGCGCCGGAGCGAAACGCGCGUAUGGAGGCAGCGACGAUGAUGAUGACGAACACGACAGCGAUGAUGACGACGGCGACGACAGUGAUGACAGUGAGCGGGAAAACCAGAAGAACAACAAUGCCCGACGGAAGCACAAGAAGGGCAAGGGCAAGGAAGCCGGCGGAGGAGGCCACCACGUCAUGGCGUUCCACGACAUGGACUAAUCAAUUGCUUUGCUGUUAUCUGAUACCCAAGCCUGCAGAAGAAUCAAACAAAAGUGAAGACAGCGACGAUCGUCCUUGUACCAAAGAC